UGGGGAAUCCGGGUAUUUGUGUUUAUUUAUUUGUGUGUCCCAGUUCCCCUUCAAUGGGGGCACGGGGCAAGGCGUCCUGCGGGCAACAGGUCCCGAAGGGCUCUUGGCCUCCUUCGGGCCCCCGGGGCCCUCCCACGGCGCUGGCACCCUCGACGCAGCCUCUACUCGGGCUGAGAGGCUAUGGUCCAGAGGCGUGCCUCCGGGGGUGCAGGACCCGCUGCCCUCGGGACGCGUGUUGAUGUCGUGCCAGUCGCCGUGCUCGAGAGGGGGGCCCGACUUAAGGCUCGUGGACCGGAGGCGCCUCGGAGGCCUCCCGGGAUCUCGCCAUGGGGGGCCUCUCCUGCAUGGGGGGGCCGCCUGGGGGUCUUUGGGGGCCGUGCGAGGCUCCGGGCCUUGAGGACUUGAAGUAAGUGUCGGGCAUGGCCCUCUGCAGGAGGAAAGUUCAAGAACAGUAUAUAAAAACAUCGUGUGGUGACAAUUUUGCUCGGGCCCUCGUGACGAUGUUUGGAGCAUCUGUUCAUGAUGUUUGAUUUUUCUGCCAAGAUCCGUCUGCAGGAGGGCAUGUCCGGCCUAAGACUUGAAGGGGCCAGAUGACACUCCACUCAGUGCCUCGCGGCACGGUAGCGGACUUCAUGAAGAAGCUGAACAAGGCGAAGAAGAGUGGGGGCGAGUUGCUGGCGGUCAACGAGCUGUUCGACCGGGGGCCCACGAAGGUGAAGAACUACGGGGUAUGGCUGCGUUACGAGAGCCGCACCGACACGCACAACAUGUACAAGGAGUUCCGCGACAUCACCAUCAAUGGUGCCAUCAGCCAGCUGUACCAGGAGAUGGCUGGUCGCCACCGUGCCCAGGCGGGGUCCAUCCAGAUCAUCCACGCAACGGCCAUCCCGGCAAGCGCCUGCAGGAGGGAUCACGUCACGGAGAUGCACGACUCGGGCCUCAAGUACCCUGUGAUCACGAAGCUGCCCCUGGUGGCCAAGAGGCUGCGCACCACAUUCAAGGCCAGCAGGCCCAUGACGUUCGUGCGCUGAGCGGUGUCCUCCACGGCCCCCCCCCCGCAGUGCGUGUGUAGCGUUGUGGCCUGCCGUGCAGCCCUGGUGAA